AUGUUGAGCAAAAACACUCUCUUGGCCAUUAUCGGCGUCCUCACCGCCCUCCACAGCGCAACCGCCCAGGGGGCUGCGCCCGCCGACGAGAUCCAGCAACUGCCCGCCGACCUCCAGGAGCUGGCCAACGAAAAAUGCCACCCCGGCGGCACGUAUAAGCUGGGCGACGAAACAAGCGUCAUCCCCCCUUGCGUCGCCGAACAGCUCAUCUUCACUGAGUGCGAAGGCCGGGCCGGCUUCAUCAGCACCGAGGGCGCCAGGCUGCCCCCCGGAAACCAGAACAUGGACAUUUACAAGGAGUGCGUGCUCGGCAAGAAUAGCACCUUGAACGCGGACAGCGAUGGCUGCCUGGCGUGCAAGAAGAGCAACGAGAUCUUUUCAGAUGACGAGGCCAAGUUCUGGAAGAAUGUUUACAGCGAGGCCGCUACCAAGCUCACCGAGUCCAACGACACCAAGACGCUGCCCGAGCUGUAUGAGGAGCUGCGCUUGCAGAGCAACGAGUUUCCCCAGCCCCUCCAGGAGAACAAGAACGUGACGGUUCCGCUGGAGGAGUAUUACCCCAACCCCCCCAAGCCCCAGCGCGCCGGCGACAGUGAGGCCUUGGAGGAGCAGGACGUUGCCGGCGAGCAGGGCCAGGGGCCGGUCAAGCGCCAGGUCAAAGUACGAGCCCAGUUCGCUGCGUUUGCUUCUGCGUCUUUUGGUUGCCAACGUCCUGGCUUUGGCUCCUUUACGCCGGCCAUGGUGCAGAAGCCGCCCAAGGGUGGAACACCGUCCUCGGCGUCCUCGGCGCCUUCGGCGGUGCCGACGACUCUUAUCCGGGCCGUGCCGAGCGCUGUCCCGAGCACCAACAAGACUGACGCGGCCAACAACACCGUCACCAAGGGCACCAACACCACUAAUGACACGAGGAUCCCCAGCGGCCUUGUUGGCAUCAACGGCACCCGGGUCACAAACGGGACCUCACCGCAGCCGACGUCCCCAACGGCCAAGGCGCCCGUAGACAGGACCUUUAUCUUCGUCAUGGUCUUCACCCCGAGUCAGCACGUCAUGAAGCGGCAGCAGGACGGCAGCUACGUGUACGUCAUCAUGUUCGGGAAACCUGCCCCGAUCGCCGACUCUCCCGAGACGCCGCAGAAGCCCCUCGGCAGCCGCGAGGAAGGAGAGAAGCGCGGGCUGCCCGACAUCAGCCAGUGCGGCGAGUGCGCAAGGAAGCAGGUCACUCUUCCCGGCGUCGUCCAGGCCGAGGCAGCCCCUCCCAGCACUCAACAGGCCGACGGUGCGAGCCAGCAGGUCCUGGAAAAGGUCGAGUCGGCCGUUCAGCAGAGCGGGGCCCAGCAGCCUCAGACUAUGAUAUUUGUCGUCAACAUUGGCGUUACCGCCGGCGCCAGCGCGGGAGCGGAAACUCCAGGGGCAGAAACGCCCGACACCGCCAAGACCAACAAGGCCGGGAAGUCCGCCGCUGGCCGGCCCGUCAGUGUCGGUGGCCAAGACGCCGGCCCCGGUGUCAAGGGUGAUGCCAAAGGCCAGGGCAAGGUCCCAGCACCCCCCGGCGUCCCGGCCGGACAGCCCGGCUCGCAGCCCCCACGGGGCACGCAGACCGCCACCGGCACUCCUCAGGCCACGCCGCCGUCCGGCAAUUCGUGCUAG